CCGACAUGUGCACCGGGCCUCCGAUAACAUGCCAAGUGUCAUACGCUUCGUGUGAUAUACACGUAUUCGCCUAGUUUGUAGAAUAUAAGUGUCAGUGGUGGAGGGCGUUUUCGUUUCGGUUUUCGUGGCUGCUGCGGAUAACGUUCGAUCGGUUUCGGCCGCCGCCCCUUCGCCCCUCGCCGCUCGUUGCAAUUAAAUAGACAGACAAGAUGACUGAUUCAAAGUAUUUCACCACUACCAAGAAGGGAGAGAUAUUUGAACUUAAGUCAGAACUGAAUAAUGAGAAAAAAGAAAAGAAGAAGGAAGCUGUGAAGAAGGUCAUUGCUUCCAUGACAGUGGGAAAAGACGUGUCCGCACUGUUCCCAGAUGUAGUGAACUGCAUGCAAACCGACAAUUUGGAGCUGAAAAAGCUGGUGUACCUAUACCUGAUGAACUAUGCUAAGAGCCAACCAGAUAUGGCCAUCAUGGCGGUCAACACGUUCGUCAAGGAGCUAGCGACAUCUCCGAUAACAAAGGACUGCGAGGAUCCAAAUCCGCUGAUUCGUGCGCUAGCAGUUCGUACUAUGGGCUGUAUACGCGUUGACAAGAUAACUGAGUAUCUGUGCGAGCCACUGCGGAAGUGCCUGAAGGAUGAGGACCCGUAUGUACGCAAGACGGCAGCCGUAUGCGUCGCUAAGCUUUAUGACAUAAACGCUGCCUUAGUCGAGGACCAGGGAUUUCUGGAUCAAUUGAAGGAUCUCCUGUCCGAUAGCAAUCCUAUGGUUGUCGCAAACGCGGUGGCUGCAUUGUCGGAGAUCAACGAGGCCAGUCCAAGUGGCCAACCAUUGGUGGAGAUGAACGCACAGACCAUCAACAAAUUGCUGACGGCACUCAACGAGUGCACCGAAUGGGGUCAGGUUUUCAUCCUGGACUCAUUGGCAAAUUACUCGCCCAAGGACGAUCGCGAGGCGCAGAGCAUUUGCGAACGGAUCACCCCGCGCUUGGCACAUGCCAACGCCGCAGUCGUUCUCUCCGCUGUCAAAGUGUUGAUGAAACUGAUGGAGAUGCUCCAGUCUGAAUCGGACUUUGUGGGCACGCUUACGAAGAAAUUGGCGCCGCCUCUCGUCACACUAUUGAGCUCCGAGCCGGAGGUACAGUACGUCGCGUUGAGGAACAUCAAUCUGAUCGUGCAGAAACGACCGGACAUUCUGAAGCACGAGAUGAAAGUAUUCUUCGUCAAAUACAACGACCCCAUAUACGUGAAACUGGAGAAACUAGACAUUAUGAUCCGCUUAGCCUCGCAAGCCAACAUCGCGCAAGUUCUCUCGGAGUUGAAGGAAUACGCCACGGAGGUCGACGUGGAUUUCGUGAGAAAAGCCGUCAGGGCCAUCGGCCGCUGCGCCAUCAAGGUGGAACCGUCCGCGGAGCGUUGCGUCUCCACGUUGUUGGAUCUGAUACAAACCAAGGUGAACUAUGUCGUCCAAGAAGCAAUCGUGGUGAUCAAAGACAUCUUCCGCAAGUACCCGAACAAGUACGAGAGCAUCAUCUCCACGUUGUGCGAGAAUCUCGACACGCUCGACGAGCCGGAAGCGCGCGCUUCCAUGAUCUGGAUCAUCGGGGAAUACGCCGAGCGCAUCGACAACGCGGACGAGUUGCUGGAGAGUUUCCUGGAGGGAUUCCACGACGAGAACACGCAGGUGCAGCUGCAGCUGCUCACGGCGAUCGUGAAGCUGUUCCUCAAAAGGCCCACAGACACGCAGGAGUUGGUGCAGCAAGUGCUGAGCUUGGCCACACAGGACUCUGACAAUCCCGACCUGCGAGACCGCGGAUUCAUCUAUUGGCGGCUGCUCAGCACCGACCCGGCGGCGGCUAAAGAAGUCGUGCUCGCAGAGAAGCCGUUGAUCUCGGAAGAAACAGAUCUGCUGGAGCCGACGUUGCUGGACGAGUUGAUCUGCCAUAUCUCGAGUUUGGCGUCCGUGUAUCACAAACCCCCCACGGCUUUCGUGGAGGGCCGAGCCGCAGGCGCCAGGAAGUCUUUGCCGGCUAGGAGCAAUUCGAACGAGGACUCGGGCCAACGUGCCGCACAACAACCGCAUGCACAGGUCAUACCCGCCCAGGACUCCCUCAUUGGCGAUUUACUUAGCAUGGAUAUCGGUGGACCGACGAUAGUCCAACCGGCGCCCCCGCCUCAGUCCGCAGGGUUGGGACUUGACCUUCUGGGCGGCGGUUUGGAUGGAAUUUUGAGCAACACCGACAACACGAGUGCAGCACCGGUCGUUUCCCAGAGUACGACGGGUCUGCUCGGCGACAUAUUUGGCUUCAGUCAAGGUCCCACGGCUUAUAUACCUCCCAAGGUCAAUUGGCUACCAGCCGAAAAAGGCAAAGGCUUCGACAUCUGGGGCACAUUUACAAGAAAGAACGGACAAAUCAGCAUGGACAUGACUUUCACGAACAAAGCGAUGCAGCCGAUGGGAGGCUUCGCGAUACAGCUCAACAAAAACAGCUUCGGACUGACGCCCGCGUCCCCGUUGCAAGUACCAGCUCCUUUGAGUCCUGGCGCCAGUAUAGAAACGAAUGUUGUAUUAUCCACCGCGGGUGCGGUGCAGCGUAUGGAGCCUUUGAACAAUCUCCAGGUCGCGAUCAAGAAUAACAUCGAUGUUUUCUACUUCGCCUGCAUCGUGCCGAUGAACGUAUACUUCACCGAGGACGGACAGCUGGAUAAGAGGGUAUUCCUUUCGACCUGGAAGGAUAUACCCGCACAGAACGAGGUGCAAUAUACGUUAAACGGAGUGAUGCUGACCGCCGACCAAGUUGUGCAAAAAAUGCAACAGAAUAACGUCUUCACUAUCGCCAAGAGGAACGUGGAGGGGCAGGAUAUGCUUUAUCAAUCGCUUAAACUGACAAACAACGUCUGGGUGCUGAAUGAGCUGAAAAUCCAACCGGGCAAUCCCGAUGUCACAUUAUCCUUGAAAUCUCGGUCCGUAGAAGUCGCCCCUGGAGUAUUCCAAGCGUACAAUGCGAUUUUGCAUUCUUAAGUUUUUCGUUUCCUUAAUAAUUAGGAUAUUGCGGAUUAUAAAAGACAUUAUAUAAGUGAGCAUGUGCAACAGCCUAUUUAUAGAAACUAUCUAUGUUACAUCCAUAUUGUGCAUGAGACUCAAAUAUAUCUUGGAAAUCAA